AUGUCGCUGAAUUCUACAUAUCUCUUAUUUCCUGUGUAUAAUCAGCCGGAAGUUAAUGAUGUGUUCAAUAGUAGCAAUGUACCAAUUCCAAACAUUGAACCGCUCCCGCCAUGUGGUUGUUUUUUAAUCAUGCCAAAAAAUGCACAAGCGCCAAGAAACUUGCAUAAUGUGAGAGAUCCUAAUAAAAGGUAUUUUGUAAUACCAGUUAAAUAUGAGGAAAGAAAUAACUAUUUAAAUAUUAUCAAACAAAAAAUCGAUCAAUCACAAGACCAACAUAUCCUUGAUUUAUCCGAACUGAAGAGUCAAAUACCCAAUCUAUAUGCACCCAAUGUUGGCUCAUUUGUCUUAUUUUUAGCCGCAAAUUACUCAAUUCAAAAAAAUAAUACCAAUUUGGUACAGACUCUUAAGUUCUGUAACAAUGGCAUAAGAGAUUCCAAUAUUGGCAUGUUCAACCAGAUUAAAGAUAUGUUUACUAGUUUACAAACGUUGGAUUUAUCUGGAAAUUCCAUUAACAAAAAGGUUACGAUAAAUGGUGUUAAUGUAAUUCAAGAAAACUCCAAUUCUAAUAACAAUAAUAAUCAGAACCAAAACAAUCAAAACCAAAGCGAACAAAAUCAGAAUUAUACUGAAAUUCCUGAUGGUCCUUUCUAUAGAGAACCAGUAUAUUUCAAACCAUUACCUCCACCAGCACCUUUGACGAUUAAUCCGAUUUCAUCUGUCUUAGGAGCCGCAGAUCACCUUACCCUUGAUAACUUUGUGUCAUGUUCUCUUGACCAAAACUCAUUUCCUACUCAUCCGUUCAUUAUUGAGUUUCUUGACAGAUCAUGGAACAAUUUAAACAAAAUUGGACUUAUGUAUGCAGAAGAUUCCCAAUUUACUUACUCCAUCGGACCAUAUCUUGAAGGUUCCCCGCUUUCAUUUUAUGCAGAUCACGCAAGAAACUUCUUGAAACCAGAUUCUGUUGAUAACAUCGCACUCGGACCGGCCAACAUCGUUAUGUUACAAAACGAAUUAUUCGGAACAGGCUUUUACGCGCAUCCAACCAGUAUUUUUAGCACAGUUAUCUCAGAAUAUCACGUAUCAACGAUGAUUUCGGGUGGUUUUGCUGACAAAAGCGGACACGUCUUUAGAUUUACAAGAACCAUGGUAAUUGGAUUCUACCAAGAUGGAUUUAAAGUAGUUAAUGAUCAUAUUUAUAUCCAAAAUCCAUCUCAUGCAAAAUUGUCUGGAUUUAAUGAGAAAGAAACCGAAGAGAUCAUGAAAAAAUUCGGUAAAAAGCAAUAG